CUGCUCUACGGGACCCUCCUGGGCAGCAGAGCUUGUGCCCACAUGGCAGCAGCUGCCUGGGCCAGUGCCUUUCUCAAUGCUCUGCUGCACACAGCCAAUACAUUUUCCCUGCCCCUGUGCCAUGGCAAUGCCCUGGGCCAGUUCUUCUGUGAAAUCCCACACAUCCUCAAGCUCUCCUGCUCACACUCCAAACUCAGGGAGCAUGGAAUUAUUGUAGUUGUUGCCUCUUUAGCCUUUGGUUGUUUUGUGUUCAUGGUUUACUCCUAUGUGCAGAUUUUCAGGGCUGUGCUGAGGAUCCUCUCUGAGCAGGGACGGCACAAAGCCUUUUCCACCAGCCUCCCUCACCUGGCUGUGGUCUCCCUGUUCCUCAGCACUGGCACAUUUGCUCACCUGAAGCCUCCCUCCAUCUCCUCCCCAUCCCUGGAUCUGGCAGUGUCAGUUCUGUACUCGGUGGUGCCUCCAGUCCUCGAGUUCCUGGACCUGAGUGAACGCGGUGCUAACAGAGUCCUGGAAAUCUUGUCAAGGCAGCUGCAGAGCUUCUCAGGCAACGCUGAUUGUGUGGUCAAGUUCCUGAAGAGGAGGGAUCUUGAAAGACUGGUGAAGAACCAGAAGCCGUGGAAGUUCACCAAGUGCCUGGAAAGAACCGUCCUUCUUGUCCAGGCGCCCAUGUCCUCAAGCACAUGA